CGCGCCUGCGCGUCUGCGGCUGUAAUUUGGUCUUGCUGUCCCGGGCGGGAUGGUGCCGCUGUGCCAGGUUGUAGUAUUGUAUUUUGCAAAAAGUGCUGAAAUAACAGGAGUUCAUUCAGAGACCAUUUCUGUGCCGCAAGAAAUAAAAGCGUUGCAGUUGUGGAAGGAGAUAGAAACUCGACAUCCUGGAUUGGCUGAUAUUAGAAAUCAGAUAAUAUUUGCUGUUCGUCAAGAAUAUGUCGAGCUUGGAGAUCAGCUCCUCCUGCUUCAACCGGGAGACGAAAUUGCCGUUAUCCCCCCCAUUAGUGGAGGAUAGUGCUUUUGAGCCGUCUAGGAAAGAUAUAGAAGAAGUUGAAGAGAAAUCUAAAGACGUUAUAAACUUUACUGCCGAGAAACUUUCAGUAGAUGAAGUCUCACAGUUGGUGAUUUCUCCGCUCUGUGGUGCAGUAUCUCUAUUUGUAGGGACUACAAGAAAUAACUUUGAAGGGAAGAAAGUCAUUAGCUUAGAAUAUGAAGCGUACCUACCCAUGGCGAAAAACGAAGUCAAAAAGAUUUGUAGUGACAUUAGGCAGAAAUGGCCAGUCAAACACAUAGCAGUGUUCCAUAGACUGGGCUUGGUUCCAGUGUCAGAAGCAAGCAUAAUCAUUGCUGUGUCCUCAGCCCACAGAGCUGCAUCUCUUGAAGCUGUGAGCUAUGCCAUUGAUACUUUAAAAGCCAAGGUGCCCAUAUGGAAAAAGGAAAUUUAUGAAGAGUCAUCAUCUUGGAAAGGAAACAAAGAGUGCUUUUGGGUAUCCAACAAUUAAUCACUUAGUUUUUAGAGCCUGCAAUCUUAACUUUGUUAAACUAUGAUCAUUGAUCACAUUUUGAUUUUUUUCUCUCCACAUUAGGAUAGUUUACUGAAGCACAGUCUCUUAUGUUAUACUAGUGGGACAAAAGGAAGAAAACGGAAGCAAGAUAAAUGGAUAUGUAGGAUGAAGGGUUAUUUAAAAUGGAACUAAAGAUAGAAGGAGGACUGUAGGAAAGAAAUGGAAUAAUUUAAAAGCGAGGAAAGAUGUCUGUGGUAGACAUGUCCUUCCAUGACUAAUUUCUAAUUGUAACUCAAACUCACAUUGAGGUAUGGGCCCUCCUCAGUGACUUUGACUGACUCAGAAAGAUACUCCCCCACCAGCCCCACCUCACCACCGCCAUCCGGGUUCAGGGAGAGCGUUAUUAUCAAGGAUGCAUGACAGGAAUGUUGGCAGAACUGGAAAGUAUUAAAAAAUCAUUAUCAGACAGUCUUGAUAUAUAUUUUCAGAAAUAUAUUAAAAAUAAUAAACUAAAACCGAUUUCAAAAGUUUAAAAAUAGUAUUUUCUUUUUUUUUAAAUUGCCUAAAAUAGUUCUUACUAUGGAGAUUUCUGGGAUUUUAGAAUCUCUAAUCUUACCAGAAAACUUUGUUUUUAUUAGUUGUUAAUUUUGUAUCAAUAUACAAAUCAGGACAAAAUUGUCAUAAAUACCUGUUAUGAUUUUGUGUUUUAGGAAAUUUACGUGGUUUGUGUUAAAAUGUUUAGGUAAACAAUGCCCUAAUUUUUAGUUGGUUAAGCUUUAUAGUAUUUUGAUAGACUUGUAUAUAUAAGUCCUAUAUAUUUCUUAAAAUUUUUUUCCAGCUUUAUUGAGGUAUACUUGACAAAAAUUGUAUAUAUUUAAAGUAUACAAUAUGAUGUUUUGAUACACAUAUACAUUGUGAGGUGAUUACCACAAUCCAGCUAAUUAACAUAUUCCUCACCUCACGUAGUCCCUUCUUUUGUGUGGUGAGAAUAUUUAAGAUCUACUCUCAGCAAAUUUCAAGUAAACAUAUAGCUCAUAAAAUAAUAAAAUACUAGCACAAUUUGGGCAGUUGUCAUCACAAAAUUUGCAUUCUGCAUAUUAAGAACAAAAGGUAUACUUUCAGACACUUAGAUUGAAGGAUUUUUUUCUUAUGUUUGGGCAAAUAAGAAACCUAGUAAUCCUUUUUGUUAUAUCUAGUGAAAACAUCUUUUACCUAAGGAAUCCAUUUAUUCAACAAAUAUUUAUUGAAUGACUAUUUUGUGCCAGGCACCCACCCAGUGAUCUUUUUCUACCAACCUAAAAUACCUCGGGGAACACUCUGCAUCUUAUCUGUGGCUGGGACCCACAGGACAGCCACACUGACUUUAGGAAUCACCUGGUUACAUCAGUUGAUGCUUAUUUCUGGAGAGAUUGGUCCAGAAGGAUACUGGAAGGGCAGACAAACCCUUCGCCUACUUCCUCUGCCGGGUUUGGGUUGCCUGUUUCCUCUGCCGGGUUCGGUUCAGCCUUACCCUCUCAUUUCAGUGUCACUCUGUGCUUGCCAUCGAGCUUCAGCCUGUCCCCAUUGGAGAGCAGGGGUGGGUGGUGGCUGUUGAUUAUAUCUGAAAGCACAUUAUCAUGGGGUUACUGGGUCACUGUAGAUAUUUCUAGGAUUUUGUACAUAGGUUGUUAAAUGGAUGUUUAUUUUGUCAUAUGCAGUGUUGAUAGGUAUAUGUGGAUUUCAAGAUUUUCUUAAAUAUUUCUUUAGAAGUUCCUUAUGUUUUUAAAGAACAUAGAACAUUCUUUAUAAUUUAAAAGAAUCAUACUUUCAGUAAGUAGGCUUUAUUCUAAGUUUGGAACUGAGACUGUUAUGCUUUUAAAGUCUACAAUAGAGAGGUUAAGGAGUUAACCUGGGGCAUGCCAGAACUGGGAUGGAAUGGCCUUGAAAGAUUUUAGUGCAUUGCACUUGACUUAGAUAGGAUCUUUCCUGACCCUUGCUUACUUAGGAAUGGCAGAGUUAAUUGGUGGUUCAGGUAUUAAGGGGCUACUAUCACUCUGAUACGUAGCUUUUCCAUCUCUGUAACUUGUCUUCAAGUAACUGGAAGAGUAAUAUAUAUA